AUGUGGAAUCAAUUGUCGAUUAUUUUGGCAACAAGUGUAGUCUUAGCUAAAGCAGAAACUUUCCAGGCCUAUUUGACCACUGAGGAUGUAGGAGGUGACUCUACGGAGUUGAACAGACCUUUGACUGUCCAUUUAGAUAAAAAUACAAUGUCAGCAGAAUUAUUAGAAAAACUUCAACAUACUUCUAACAUUGUAUUUGCUGAUUUACCUCAGGUCCCAGAGUUUGUUACUUUGAAAGAAUAUGAAGAGAUUUUCAAUAAGAUGUAUGAUGAGGAGGAAGACACUUUGUAUGAGGAAGGUAAACAAUUUGGACAAUUUGCGGAUGAUGAAGGUGAAGAGAUAGAACAAUAUGAUGCAGUUAUCGAUAUAAGUAAAGGCCAGAAAAAAGCAGUUGUUGAAGCGGUAGGGUCAACAAAUAAGACAACCAUGACUUCCUCAUUUUUAGAGACAUCAGUUACAAGGACAACUGUGACUGCUACCCUCAGUUCAUGUGAAACGUCAACUACACAAAGAGUAGAGUCCACAACAAGUGUUACGCAACAAAGUAACUUCACCAGUGGUAACGUCACUAUUAUUGGUGGUACUGCGCAAGAAGAGAACUCUUCCACUUUUGUGACGCCAGCCACAAUGUUCAUGGCAGUACUUUUAGGUGUAUUAGUAUUCGUUCAAGCCUAUUAG